UUCCGGUCUGUGUUGAUUCGAUCAGACAGUUAAGCAGUCGACCAGAGAACAGAUCGCUCAGAUUGAUCAGAUGGUUUUAAACAAACAGAGUCUGAUCUUCGACCAAUCACAGAGCGGCACUCCCUCUGACGUCACCGCCGAGAGGAACUCGAUCAGCUGAUCAGAGAUCAGAGAGGUCAUUGAUCAUCAGCGAGCUGCAGCCAGAUGAUGCUGUGUGUUGUGGUGUGUGUGUUGGCGCUCUCCGGUCUCGUCCACACCGGACCGUCUGCUCUGAGACUCUCUGACGUCCGGCGGCGCUUUGGUAAACCGCACCAGGAGCUGGACCCUGAAGUACACAUGAACAUCACGGAGAUCAUCCGGCGGUGGCGUUACCCGGCGGAGGAACACGAGGUUCUGACGGAGGACGGGUACAUCCUGACCGUCAACCGGAUCCCACACGGACUCAAACACACCGCAGGUGCGGGGCCGGCGGUGUUCCUCCAACACGGCCUCCUGGCUGCCGGCAGCAACUGGAUCACCAACCCGCCCAACUCCAGUCUGGGCUACGUGCUUGCCGACGCCGGCUACGAUGUCUGGAUCGGAAACAGCCGAGGAAACACCUGGUCCAGGAAACACCAGAACCUCAGACCGGACCAGGACGACUUCUGGAGGUUCAGUCAUGAUGAGAUGGCUCUGAAGGACCUUCCAGCUGUUAUAAACCACAUCCUGAAGGUGACGGGUCAGGAGCAGAUCUACUACAUCGGACACUCUCAGGGAACCACGAUAGGAUUCAUAGCGUUCUCCGCGCUGCCAGAACUGGCCAGUAAGAUCAAGCUAUUCUUCGGUUUGGCUCCCGUAGCAACCGUCAGCUUCACCACCAGCCCCAUGACCAAGCUGUCCGUCCUGCCCAACUUCCUCAUCUGGGACCUGUUUGGUAAGCAGGACUUCCUGCCUCAGAGUCACAUGAUCGAGUGGUUUGCGGAACACGUGUGUGCGAAGCAGCUGCUCAGCGAGUUGUGUGGGAACUUGUUCUUCGUCCUCUGUGGCUUCGACGAGAAAAACCUCAACCUGACUCGGAUUCCGGUCUACACCGAACACUGUCCUGCUGGGACCUCGGUCCAGAACAUGGUCCACUGGGCCCAGGCGGUUCACGGAGGGAAGCUGAUGGCGUUUGACUUUGGAUCCGCAGGAAACAAGAAGCACUACAACCAGUCCACUCCCCCUCAGUAUAACGUCCAGGACAUGAAGGUUCCCACCGCUCUGUUUUCAGGGGGACACGAUACGCUGUCGGACCCCAAAGACGUGGCUGUCCUCCUCACUCAGGUGUCUAACCUGGUCUACCAUCAGCACAUUGACCACUGGGACCAUCUGGACUUUAUUUGGGGUCUUGACGCUCCUGAGCAGAUGUUUCCAUCCAUCCUGAAGCUGCUGCAGGAACACCAGUAGAGACACUGUGAUGAUGUACACAUCUGUACUACAGUUACUACAGUCAGAGUACUACAGUACAGUAUACAUGAGCAGCAGAUGUUCUGCAGGUUUUAAUGAGUGUGUUAAACUUGAAUUUUUUAAUUUUUAACUUGCUAAACUAAGAUGGUGACCAUGGUAAACAUUAUACCUGUUAAAC